ACAACAAAAACACAGCUCAGCUGAUUUAAAGCUAACCAGCCGGCCCAGUUAAUCCUCGCCGUUUCACGCUGUACUUUUACUUCAGAUUUUCAGCAGCGGCUUAAAAGAUGCAGAUACUUUAAUUUAUUCAUUAAACUCUGCACGUGUGCGUCGUAACCGGAUUUUAUAUGGAAUUCCUUCUUCUGCUAGCAGCUUAGCAUUUAAAAUGACGACAAGACGGAGUCUCUUCUAACUCAAGGGUUUCACAGAGCAGACGUAUAUAUGGCAAAGCUAGACCAUAAAACCACCAGGUGGAGAUUCUGAUGUCCACUAAUGAGCGCAAGCAUUUCAUCAUUCCUCAAUAUGUCACCACGGAGAAGGUCUCUGGCCCCAGUGAGCAGCCGGCGGAAAGCAGCCGACGACUUCUUUCCCUUCAACUUCCUGCCCGUGGAGUGCCAGCUGCACGUCUUUUCUUUUUUGAACGAGGUGGAUAAAUGUAAUUGUGCUCUGGUUUGCUUCAGCUGGAGCUGCCUCAUCCGCUCGUGGAAGUUGUGGCGUGUAGCAGACUUUUCGCGGCGUGGAGUGUUCCACCUCGGACAGGAGGGGCUGCUGGUUUCUAACCGCGAGUUCAAGAGGUGGAAAUCUUGGGUCCAUCAUUAUACCCACCAUCUCAUCUCCCGGCGGGCCAGUCUGCUCACACUUAAGGCCAGCUUCGACCUGGGGGAUCGCUGCAACAAGUGGAGCGAGCUGCUGAGCCACCUGCUGGACAACGUUCACUGCAGAGACCUCAGUCACCUGGACCUCAACUGGACUUUUACUCUUCUGGAGCCGUUGGACCUCAGAGUCCACUCCAGCUCCAGCUCACACCAGGACAGCAUUACCAAAAUGGACCAGGUGACUAUGUUUCAGGAACUGCUGAGUAAACUCACCCACACCUGUCCUCGGAUUUCCAAGAUGCGGCUACAUUUCGAUUGGUCUGACUUGUCCGUCUCGCUGCUCACCCAGUUCCAGCAACUGAGAGUCCUUGAGCUCAAGUACUUCUGGGUCUUUAAAGGAGUGACUCCCUCGACGCUGCAGAUGCUUACCAAAUCCCUGCCUAACUUGAAGUCUCUGACGUUACACAUCCUCGUGCCGCUGAGGAACCUCGGCAUCUCCUACACGCUGGAGUCUCACUCUCUGGAGUACCUGGAUGUAUCGCCUAGCCGAGGCCUGGUCUUCUCUUGCCUGAAGCUGCCAGCUCUGCGGGAGCUUCGAGCUAAGAAAAUCGUGCGCGGCAUCACGCUGGAUCGGAGGACCCGGCUGCAGAUUCAGAGCCACUGGCCCUGCUUGUACCGCGUCCUCCGGGAGGGGACGCCAAAGCUCCAGGCCCUCAACAACGAGAGGCUCAUUCCCACUUGGAGAGAGCAAAACUAUAAGGAGCUGAGUGCUAUCCUGGAACAAUCCUGUUACUGUGUUGACCAUCUGAACAAUUGGCUUUGGUAGUCAGCUGACUGACAAUAAAUGUCCUUCGCUUUGUGGUGGCUGAAUUCCAGAAGAAGGCUGAAUAUUGCUUUUACACUCCACAAAUUUGUAUGGACACCUCACAGAUACACAAAGUGCUUACCCCUUGUUGCUGAUAAAAACUGUAAAGCAGCUCAUUUCCAGUUUUUAAACAGAGAUCUGCUGUUACAAACUCAAAUGCUGAUGAGAUGGAGAUACACAUCAAGUCUGUAAAUGAUUGUCCAAUUAUUCUUAAUCAAAAAAAAAAAAAGCAAAGGUGCUUUAUGUUGAUUCUAAUGUGCUGCACUAGAUUUAUCCUGAAAAUGGGCAUCAACAAUCAACAAACGUAUGUGGAACGGGGCAAUUCCAAGUGUAAAGGCUUUUUAGUUUAUUUCAAACAUCUCAAACUAGGCCUCACUAUUGUUCACAAGAGAAAUGUCCAGAACAAAGGCAAAAUAUUUUUACACAACUUAAAAAGAUGUUAUGUUCAAGACAAAAUAAACAAAGAAAAAGGAUCCCACUGUACAAAUUAUGUUGGUAUAGAAGUUGGCACACCGAAGAAUAGAAAAAAAUUAGUCAUGUCUCCACAUUCGAGAAAUAUCUCUAUCAUCUGCAAAUUUGGGUCAUGACAUAAUCUCUCCAGUGUGUCCUGGGUUUCCCUUACAGCCUUUUCUCAGUUGGGUGUGCCGGUAACACCUUCCCAAUGAGGUGUAGGAGGCAUCCUAGCCCACUUUGGACCACCUUAUUUGGCUCCCCUCGUGGAGGAGCAGCGGUACUCCGAAUCUCUUCACCCCAUUAGACCCGUACAGGCAGACACUUCCACUCAAUUCUUCCCCACUUGUGAACAAGACCCGAGAUAUUUGAACGCCUCCUCUUGAGGCAGCACCUCGCUCUCGACCCUGAGGGGUCAUUCCACCCUCUUCUGACUGAAAAUAUGCUCUGAGAGUCAGAAGUGCCGAUCCUGUCCAUUCAUGUUUUGCUACGUAAAUCCUCAGCUCAUGGCUUGGGGACACCAGUAGGACCGCAUCAUGCUCAGAAAGCGCCGCUUAAAUCCUUAGACCACCAAACGGACCCUUUAUGGCCACGUGGAUUCCCCUUCCUGCAGGAGGACCGAAUGAACUGGAUGCAAUACGUUUUGGCAGCAUCAACAUAAAUGUAUUUUAUUCUAUAAACCUGAUUACAUAGUCUGAAAUGAUCUGCUCUCAAAAAUAUUAGAGCUUAAUUAUCCAGUUUCAUUCAUUAAUUCAUAUCUUGAUAUUUGACAGUGUUGAGUUCUUUAAUUUUUGGCAUCCUCCACCUCUUAAAAUAUGUGUAGAAUAUUUCUAAAAUUCUACACCUUUAACCUCAAAAGUUUUGAACAUGUGCCCCCUCACAAAUCUUAAUUUAAUUCUCAAACCUGAAAGACCUAAUUGUAAAAAUAAUACUACUUUGAUUUGUAAAAUAUCUUGCCUUUCUUCUAGAUUAUAACGGCAAAUUUAUCUCCGCUGUGAAAAAUGGUAUGUACUGUACUGUUAUUUGAGCUAAUUUUAUGCGAUUGAUUGACUUCAGUUUUAUUUCUUCUCCGAAACAGUCGACUGCUGUUUCUCAGUGACAUCACAGUUUGCGGAGAAGUUCAGCCCUUUACAAGACAUUUGCACAGAAUAAGUGUGCAGUAAAUAUUUAAAGCUGAAUGUUAUCAUGGAAAGUGUUCAUAGAUUUUGAACAGUGCAUGAGAACUAAGUGUUGGUAUCAAAACGUACCAAUCAGUGGAAGCUGAAGAUGCAGUGUGGGACCAAAGAAGCCAAGCAUCAGCUUGUCUCUCUCCAAAUUUGCUGAAAACUGAGGCGGGUGUUGUUUCUGCUCCGACUUGUGCUAAGUUUGCUGCUAAUUCCAAUCACAGCCUGUCAGGAAUGCAAACAAUAUGUUAAUUCCACUUGGUGGACCACAGAUUUUGAAGUAAUGAGUGUCCCUUCUAGGUUGUUUUCUUGUUGUUGGCGUUUGUGUGUUUUUUCUCAAUCAGACUGAGAGCUGAUGACAUUUUGAAAUGUUUGACCCGCCUGUCUUACAAGUGAAGCUCUUCUUUUUUGGAAACUGUUGUGUGUUGUUGCACAGUUUGAAUUGCUAUCACAGACGGUCGUCUGUGGCUCAACUCGCUGCUGAGAGGGAGCGACUGAACUCCAUCUGUGUCUCUGAUCCUUUUUUAAAUUUUAAUCAUAAAUCUCAGCAGUUUUUUUUUUUUUUGUUUGCUGCCGUCUGCAGAGGAAAAACAUUCGAAGUUCUACUUUCCGAUCAGUAGAGGUCCUUGUUCUCAAAGAUUUAGCCAUUGAGAUUUCUCAUUGAAAACACAAACAUGGUUGUGAUUAUGACUGUGUAAUGAUCGCUGAUAGACUGACUGACUGAUGUGUGCUUUGUGGUAUUUAUACAAGUGUGUGAGAUUUGCUUGACAUUUUACGGGAUUCUUCUGAAAAAACUCUUGUCUGUUGACAUGAAGUUCCCUGUUCUGCUUUUUGUUUAAACUGACAAGCCUCUGUCUACUUGUUAAAGAGUCAUUCCUCAGAUACGUGAGCAGGAGCCCCUGACAUUAACAGAGAUGUUCUCGCGUCUGGUCCAUGCUUUUCAUGUAAUAAAAGAGAUUUGA